AUAACAUUCGCAGAGCAGAAAUCAUAAAAACGUAUAGUUAUCAAUGUUGUGAAAUGAAUAUUAUAGAUUAUUUGGACAAAACCAGGUAGGUGGCAAUGAGACGAUGUGCAGCAUAUGAACCAGAUUUGUAGUCAAAGGUCAAGGUCACAGCAUGGUCAGAUCUGUCUGCCAUAUUUUGUGUCCAAAGCAUAACCUGAUGACCAAUUAUUGACUUCAAACCUGGCAUACAGAUUGAACGUCUUACUUGAAACCCUUCGUGACUGUGUGUCAUUACACUGAACUCGAUUGCACCACAACUGUUAAACCUGGUGGUUGAAUGAUAUAUUCUAAAAGUGGAUGAUAAUGGCGAUGUCAAAGAUUAAAGAAGACUUAGAAACAAAAGAAUCUGAUGAAAUUCCUGAAAUGUUUUGUGAACACUGCGACAAUGAAGGAAAAUAUGCUGUAGCACAUGGAUUUUGUGUUAACUGUAACGACUUCAUGUGCAUUGUAUGUUUAAAGUACCAUAAUAAAUAUAAAUCUGAACACAUGACCCAAGAUAAGGAUCAUAUGCCACAGGAUUAUUGUUUCGAGAAAUGUUCAAGUCAUCCCGACAAAUGUAUAAAAUUCUACUGUCUUGAAUGUAACAAAUUUGCAUGCUCAAAAUGUACCUCUGUCAACGGCAUUACUUCACAUGAACAUGUUUGUAUAUUACAAAUAUGGUCGCCAAUUCACACAGUUGUCCAAAAUACUGUGGACAGAGCGUAUACUCUUAUAGAAAGAGAUGUCGUUAAUGUAACAUCUGAUAUUGAGAGAAUGGAAGACAGAAUCAUUUCCACGAGACAGAUUUGGCACAAAAGCAAUGAACAAGUCCGGGAAUCUGUUAAAUCACACAGAAAGGAAAUAGAAAGGCGGAUAAUUGAACUUGAAAGGCAGUUCUUAAGGAAAGUAGAUGAAAGAGAGUACGCUUUUAUUGCCAACUUAGAUUCUGUUUUGUCAGAUGUUACAGCUAUGAAAGUUCAAAUGGAUUCUCUUGCAUCUUAUCAAAACAAAGUUCAGCAGUCAAACAAUCGCUGUUCGAAGUUUAUUGCGAUGAACAAAUGUAAGUCGAGCGUUCUCUCUGUUCGGGAUGAACUUAUUAACUUGGAAAAUAAACUUGUUUACAAAGACUAUGUUUUUGAUACCCGAGAAAGUCCAAAAUUUGACGAACGAAACUUUGGAUCUUUUGUACCAAGAAAAUCUAAACAGAAACUUACAGCGUUUCUCGACUGUUUUCGCUUAGGAAAAAUCCCAUUGAUGGAUCUAUGCGAAUACAAUGGAUUUCUUGUGGCCGUUGAAAGUGAUUACAAAAGGAUUUUGCUUCUUGAUCCUGCCAAGAAAAGAAUAUUAUCGAAAUUUACUACGUCAUCGCCACCAGUACAAUCGGCUGCUUUAAACAGAAAUCGAAUUGCAGUUACUUUACCCGCUGAAGGAAAAAUUCGGAUAUUGUGCAUUUCAGAUUUGGAAGUACUGGAAAAGUCAUCAGAUAUAAAAGUUGAACAAGAUUGCUGGGGUAUAGCAUAUAGCAAAAAUCAAGACUGUCUAUAUGUGUCUUAUACAGAACCAGACAGCAGGAUUACAAUAAUAAAAGAAACUGGAGAAAUAAUAAGGGUCCUGGACAAAGACAUUUCAGGUAAUAACCUGUUUAUUUUGCCGUUAUACAUCGCUUUCAAUUUUGAUGAAACGUCCUUCUAUGUGUCCGAUACUGGAAGAGAUAUCGUUAUUAAGACAAGUCUCGAAGGCAAAGUAGAAACCGUUUACAAGGAUAAAGAUCUAAAAUGCCCACGUGGAAUAGCAGUAGACGAAAACGGAGCAGUUUUUGUUUGCGGUUUAGAUUCAAAUAAUGUUCAUCAAUUGUCACCAGACCUGUCAAAAAUUGGCAUAGUUAUUGAAUCAAAAGCUAUAACCUGGCCUCUCAGCGUUGCAAUUUGUAACAGUAGAGCAUCGAAGUGCUUGUUUGUAGGGUCGAUUCAUAGUCUAGACAUAAAAGUAUAUUCACUUGACGUAGUCACGGAACUUUGACGUGUAUUGCAACAACUACAAGACUGUAAUUAUGUUGUAUUCUGUCGUUGUUACUUGUAAAUAAAUGUUGUUGUACAUUCAUAUACAAAUAUGUAUAAAUAAAUAGCUUUUAAAGUAUUCAGAUACUCCCAUUCUACGUAUACAACUACUCAAUGAACGACUCGGUUGUUGUAAAAUAACAGCACGAGAGUCAUAUGGCAGGGGGUGCCAAAAGGAUUUGCCAGCAUGGGUAAUAUUACCGGAAAAUCCAGUUUGGUAUUGAAUAAACUCCUUUCCUAUCCAUUCUACGAGUCAUUUAAUUUGUUUGAAGUUGAUUAGUACAUCUGAUGAAUGUGUGACCAAAUUUUUAAAUUAAGUAUAAUAUUAUCAAUGAAAUCAUUACAUGUAACCAAAUUUCAACUAAUUUUCUGCCUUUUUGCCAUGUUGAUAGAAGCGA